AAUUAUAUUUGUUUAACCUAUAACUUCAGAGAUCAAUAAAAUUAUUUAUAAUUAAACCAUUUUUGUAGUCAAUAUUAAUGUUAAAAUAAAUAUAAAUAACAUUAAAAUUUUAAAGUGAUAUUUUGUGUAACAAUAAAAAAAUGUCAAAUGACACUCUUUAACAAACAAAUGAAAUAAUUACUUGAAACCUUUUACCAUAUCUUUCACAGAAAAUGAACCUCGUCAAACAAAAAUUAUGUAAAUAUGUUACUCAACAUGGGUUACUUGAGAAAUCUUUAAAUCAGUUCCGUUGCAUGUAGUGUCUAAUCAGUUACGUACGUUAAUAACCCAUUUCUCAUUCUAUAAAUACGAAGUUUCUUCACACAGCCAAACCACACAAACAUCAAAGUGAAAAGAAGAAAGAAAAAGAAAGAGAUAAGACUGAUUAGAGAAAUGGAAAGCAAAUCAAGAGCUAUUGCCUCCUUAGUCCUAGUUGUAGUCUUAAGUGUUGCAGGUUUGAUGACUCCACCAGUUGUAGUAGCUCAUGAACAACCACCUCAGUCUCCUAUCAACAUAGAGAAAUGUUGGUCAUCUAUAUUUAACGUCAAUGGGUGCGUACUCGAGCUCUACAGAUCAGUAUUCUCCGGAAAAUUUGGCAAUGUUGGAGUCGCAUGUUGCAAAGCAUUUUCAACCAUUGAUGCUAACUGUUGGCCUCAUAUGUUUCCAUUGAACCCGUUCUUUCCACCUCUUAUCAAAGACAAUUGUGCACACAUUGUUCCAGAGUGAAGUAGACCAUCGUUUAGCUUUAGAAAACUUUGUAUUCAUGUUCCAAGUCUUAUGAGUGUCAAAUCAAAUAAAAUAAUUGUUUUCGUAGAAUCCAUU